CAUUGGUCGGGCCGGCAAAAGCACGUGAACACGAUGUGAUGUGACCACGAUGUUCGGAGCAUCUUGAACGUCUGUCACUAUCAGGAUGGAAACGUAAGGCGAGCAAUUCAGACGGAGAUAAACUUGGUUCUGCUCUUCGCGCGUGCAGCACAUGCGCUUUCGUAUUCUCUGUGCUCCUUAAAUUUUAUUCGAACAGCUUGACGUAGACAGAAAAGAACUUUUCAAUUACAGAAACGGAGUACAGAAUAAAUAAUGGGAAAAUUUAAAGCUCUUCGCUGCUAAGCAGAUCCGGUCUUCCAGAUUUGUGUUUCGAACAAAAGUGAAAGCAAAAGUUUUUAUUCAUACGAAAUAAUCGACAGCAGUUAUGCCGAUCGACUUGGAGAUGAUCCUGUCGGCCAGUCCUCCCCUCUUCAGCACACAUUCUUUCAUGGAUUUUGGUUAUAGUCCCUUCCACAACGCCCGGAAUCAUCGCAACAAGCUAAACUCCGCAUUCAACGGCUAUCCCUCCAACAAAGACGUCCGAUCCUGCUUGAUGGCCAAAUCCGAUGAAGACUCUAAAGAGAACAACAAGAAACGCGUUUGGUUCGCCGAUGACAAGGGACUUGCUUUGACGCACGUGAAGAUAAUGUCCGAGCCUUCCAACUGUCCGCCCCGAUGGACAGAUGAGUUUUUGGCACAGGUAACCAAAGGGGUCAAACCCAACCCCACUUCGGACAUUGAAUGGGUACCACAGUUCGCCCAACCUGCUUCCGAUUAUCUUCAGUUCCGUGACAAACUCCAGAGAAACUGCGUGUCCUUGGAGAACGUUAUCAUUCGAGAAGGCGAGGAUAAUAUAACCGGUACCAUCAAGGUGAAGAACCUCGCUUUCGACAAGGAGGUAUUUCUAAGAGUGACGUUCGACAAGUGGACCACCAGCACCGAUAUACCAGCAUCAUUUGUACCCAGUGGCGUUGAAGCUGGCAGCUCCCAAUAUGACACUUUUUCCUUCAUUUUGUCCAUACCACAGUCUGCCGUUAAGUUUGAGUCCAUAGAAUUCUGCGUGUGCUACAGAUGUUCUGGUAAGGAAUACUGGGACAAUAACGGAGGCAGCAAUUACAAACUUGCAGCUGUUAGCCGGAAAUCGCAAAGUCCUUCAAUAUACGGUAAACAGGUCAAUGAUGCUUUGCAAGUCAAUUUGGAUUCUUGGUCCGAGUUUGCCAGCUGGAGUCAUUUGAUAACCGAAGGACCGUAUUGGUGAAGUCUCUGUUUGAAGAAGGAUAAUACAUUUUAUUAUACUUAAAUUUUCUGUAUGAACUGACUGGGCAAUGGGUAGCCAUCAAAGUGUGCUACUGACUUUCUGCGCAUAAUCAGAUGGAUUAUAAUUUUGAAAGAAGGAAUUAAAUAAGCGAUGUAUAUGCAUUUAUAAGGAAUGUUCUCUGUUAAAGAGAAAUUAAAAAAACACUAUUUUUAUGAAGAUUUGUUAUGUUUUUGAGCAAUGAAGAGGAUACAUUAUGUAAAAUUAUUUUUCGUGCAUCUAACUACAAUCAUCAGGUCAUCCGAGAACAUUGUCAGACACAAGAUUGAAGUGCUUAAUUGUGUAAAUCACACGGACAACGAUGAUGAAGGACUUGACGUUUUUGUAGAGAUUAGUGUGACAGAUAUGAUACCGAAGUUUUGGCCGUCAAUCUAAAAAUGACUCGAGUUUGCUCAACCUCUGCCGUGUGUGAAAACGGAGGUUAACGUGACAUCUGAACUUCAGAAUUGAAGCUGUCUGCCAUCUUAUGUGAAAAUGAAGUUUGCUUACGAAAAGGUGCUAAUUUUAUAAAAAAUGUAAUAAUAAAUGUCGCAAAAGGACUUCGGAAGUGCUGGUACACGUAAUAUUAUGUCCUUGCCUCCUUGCCUUGAAGUUUUAUUAUCCCCUCGUUAUCUGCGUGUUGUUGUUGCCAAAAUCGAACUGCAAAAACUUCUUCCCCGAACACUUGAAAACUGCUUGGUGUUCUUCUUCGGAGCUUCUGAAGUGAUAUUAUGUAGUAUAUUUUCUUUCGUCUGAUUUAGUCAUUCAUUUUACUUCGUGAAUUUUUAAAGCUCGUGAGUUGCCCAGCCAGCCAUAUUUGUGGAAGCUUAAAAUGUAAAUUUCCAUCUAUUUUGUAAUAUUCGUCUGACUUAUAAAAGUAUGGUUAGCAAGCAUAGUUACUGUGUAACUUUUAGAAACUACAUUUGUUUAUAAAUGGGCUUUUUAUUUAUAUGUGUUAAAUAUAUUUUGCUCGUUUUUUGUUUUUACUAUGUUUUUAAUCAGAAUUUACUUUAUUUUUCUGGUGUUAAAAAUGUAUCAAUUUGCACAUAUCUUGAGUGUAAAUAAGCCUUGUAAAAUUUCAGGGUUUGUUGGAGUUAUGGAUUUAUCUUAAACAUUUGAGUGUUUCUGAUAUGGAUAUUAUUCAUACCAAGUACUUGAAAUCUGUUGCUUGUUUAAUUUUUGUACAAAUUUCAUACCUUAGAAAUUAAUAUCAUAUUAACGUUGCAGUUUAAAAUCUUAAGUUUCUGAAAUUCCGAAGUUUGUUUUUGCGUAGUUUUAUAUUUAUUGAAAGUCAUUUAAAUAUUACGUGUACAUAACAUAUGUUUUAUAAUAAGAUAAUUGUGAAUAUAAUUAUCGAAAGACGUACUUAUUUAUGUUCUAAUUUAUGUUUAAAAAUAGUUUUGCUCAAAAUAUAUCCGUAACGAGUCAUUUAUGUAAUGUAUUUGUUUUUUCGAAAAGUCUUCCUUCGGUAUUAUAAAGUAUUUUAUUGGAAUUUUAUUUAUAAUAAGAAACAUAGGUGUAUGAAGUAUUUCUUAAGAAAUAUAGAAUAAAAAUAUUUACAUAAUUGCAUUUAUUAAGCUUUUCAAGUUAAAAGCUGUUUGUAAAUAGAAUCUUUUUAUUGGAAUAUAAUUUGUAAAAAUGACAACCAAAAUGCAUUAUCUAAAAAAGCUGUUAAGUAUUAUUUUUACAACUAAUUUAUUGUAAUAUGUUGGGGUACAAAUAUAGCUAUUAAAUGUUUUUUGUUUAUACUUCAUCAUUUUAAUGACAUAUUUAUGUAAUUACAAAUGAAUUUUCCUUUCAUAACUAAAGAGAGAUUCAAAAAGGUAUGAUUCUAAAGUUUAAAUCUUCAAAGGAUUUUUAAACUAAAAUUUGAUUUUUUAUAAAAAUUUCAUUUUUUAUAAAAAAUAAUACAGAUACCAUGAAAGUUAGCAAAAUGUUCAUUACCUGGAAAGGAUCCUUACAUUCAUAAACUACUACUGCUAUUAAGUGUCCCCAAAUCAGACAGAAUUUUAUUUGACUGUUGUAUAAAAUUCAUUCAUGACAUGUGAAUUUUGUACUCGCAGUCAGAGGGUUAAUCUCUUUUUGAAAUAUUUCUCUUGAUUUAAAAAUACAAAUUCAGCUGGUGCUGGCACUUCAGUAGCAUAUUUUGAAUGAACUAUAGACUUUACAAUAAAUAUAACGUAUCUUUUUUCUAGUUUUAUAGGAUUUGUUUAAAAUAACCUUUGCUGCUUAAUUGCAACUUAAUUGAUGACGGUUGUCUGAUAACAAUUAUGACAUAUCCUUUAAAGACAUUAAAGACUGGUAAACCUGUUGGCAUAAACCAAAGAUCCUGAAAUUUUGUCAGCUACCUCACUGUAAAAUUCACUUGAUGUAAUUCCACAAGUGAAAAAUCUGUUGGUGUCAGGUUUGGUUUUUGUUCUUGCUCUCAGAAAUCCUUUAAUCCUUCCAAUUUGAAUAUAAUCCAAACCCGUGUACAAGAUCUUAUCAUGGUUGAGAGGAAGAAAGCUUUUGUCCUUGCCUAAGGGUCUUGGGUACCCGUGUAGGUGACAGUGCUUAUUUUGCCUGUGGCCGAGCGGUGAAGCAUGCUGUUGUUUCUCUUUAUUAUACGAGCUAAGCUACCUCUUAUUCAGCUACUAUGUUAAACCCCUAACAAUUCUCUUUCUUUACUAUUUAGCUAAGCUUAUUUAAUUCGUUCUUCUUAAUUAUGAUGUGGUGGUAAUUGCAGUUAACUUGCAAAGGUAUUCCGUAAACCAAACUCCUUGAUCCGAGCAAUAAAAGAUUCCUGAAUAGUGGUGGUUCUUUUGAGCUGGUUGCAAAGUUGAUUUUUGUAGUUUUCCCAUGGCUAACGUGAAUACGAGCCGGUUUCCAUUUUAAAAUCAUCCUUCUCAUGAGGCAGUUUGCCAUCGUGUAAUUUGUCAUAUUUCGUUAUAACUAAUCUGUCCAGUUCCGUCCCCGGUUUGAUGGAAAAAAACUUCAGGCAAUGAAUCCAAGAGGCCAUUCUUCCACAAACACCAACCUCUUGAACUCGUACUGCAGGAAAUUUACGAUGAGUUACCGAUGAAACUAGCUUAUAGGAAUAUCAUAUGCUGUAGAAGUCGCUGUACUUCCUCUAGUUGGUAAAGCUUUAUAAUUUAAUGUAAUAUAAUGAACUUACCCAAGAAGUCCAUGUGUAUUCCCUUAUGAUGGCUUUGUGUAUUUAUGCACCUUUUUGACAAGACUCUGUGGGAAGGCAAUACAGAGGGAAUUCUUUCAUAAAUGCGCCAUGCCUUAAGGAUCGGCUUCUUGAUGCAAGUCUCCCAGCGUUUGGCAAGGGAGAAUCUUUCACAGUGGCAACUCUCGCAUAAACUAUUCAUGAAGGUGUCCGCAGCUUUAUAAAGUUGUCGUCCAGGUAACAAAAAACUACUUUCAUAAAGAUGUGGUCGUCACCUUUAUGGCGGGGCAAUAUUAUAAAGGAUUUUGCCUUGCCGAGCACUAGCCGAUCUGCAUGAAGAAGCUGGCAUCAUUAUGAAUUGGCCGACUGAGUUAUGUUGAGAAUCUGCCCAGAGGACUGUGUGCAAGUCUUCUAUUUACGUACAAUAUUGUAGUUGUUUUUAUUCAGGAAGUUGUGCUUGAAUGCUUACGUCAUGUGUGCAAGGCCAGAUCAAAAUAAAACGUUUGGAAUGCUGUGUUCAGCAUUCUUUCGGAGGCUCUCAACGUCCACUUUCCAGUUCAGUACGAGAUAAGCGGAAUUAUAGAUUAAUUUGGGGCCUAGGCAUUAAAUAGGCUCCGCUUCUGUUACUCUGCCACAUGAAGUAAUUUACUUCAGUCCCGUUCCUUUGGCACAUGUGUAGAAGUAAAUAUUAAGAGUAGGUUAGUUUAUAUGGAUAUCUGCUUUAUGGGACGAAUACUUUGAUAGAGUACUUUCGAAGGGAAACUAGUUCGCAUUCACAUUACACAUCGGUAAAGUACGGAGCCAAGCAUGCAGCCAGCUCGUUUGUCUGGGUUCGAACCCGAGACGAACUAUUAGUGUCUAUUAUUUUUUAAGCUCGCCACUGGUGAGUGCUAAACGUUACGAUUAAAGGGACUUUCCAUAGCAUUGGGCAAUAUAACCGAUCUUUUGUUUUACCAAAUUUUUUUAGAUGAUGCUUGCCCUGUGAGGGAACAAUAAUUUUUUUGAAUUUAUAUUAAACCAAACCUCAUGCGAGUGCAAGUGAAGAUGUUUUUAUUAUAAUUUUGAUGUCUUUUACUACUGAAUACGGGUUUAGUACUUUUAUAAUAGAUCUGACAUUUAAGAUUGUAACUAGUCGUGUGUCUUUUUAAAAAUGAUUAUUCUAUUUUACACUGUUAAUAGGUUUCUCGCUAUUCUUACUAUUUUGCCUAAAAUAAAGUAAAAUAUAGAGUUUUAAGAUGUGCUAAUGUAAAGGAUACAGUUCAGAAUUAAUUGUUGCAAUUAUAAUUAUUAUUAUACAGAUUUCGUAUUCAUGAGUGAAUUCUGAAGUUAUUUAUUUCAGCUUUAACUUUAUUUGUGUGUUCCUUUGGCUAUGUUUAAUCUAGUUUUGUAUUCUUUAAGUUUGAAUGAAUUGAGUAGUGAUAAUAUUAUGGAAGCAUUUCGUCGUGAAAUCGUCAAUAAGACUUUGAAGUCUAUAGAAGAAAUCAAGUUUAUAAUUGUUAUUUGAUAAAAUACGAACAGUUAGGUGCGGUGUACGAAUGUUUUACACUAGUAAUAUGUAUUGGUCUAAAUAUAAUACAAUUGUAAAUUUUUGUAAAAUUUACAUGGAAAAGAUAAAAAAGGUGUUUGCGUUUACUAUCACCUCACGUGUAGGAAUUUGAUAUGUUAAAGGUCUUUUUCAAGAAAAAGUAAUCUAAAUGUCAUACCUUGAAUAAAGAUAAUAAGAAUAAUAUAUGAAUCAUAUUGAUUCUGCUUAUUUUUUAUAUGGAUUCAAGAUUUGCACGCAGAAGACAGGUAUGGUUUUUUUAGACUAUUUGAAUUGGGAAGAAUUAUACCAUCAGCUUAUAUUAAGGCCAAUAUAUUUUUUUGGAGUUCGCCCUAAUAUUGUUUUUGUAUCGUACGUAAGGGGGCCCACCAGCGGCCGAGCGGUAAAGUCGCUGAACACUGGUAGUUCGGUCCGAGGUUCGAAUCCCGCGAACGAGCCGGCUGCAUGGGUGUUUUCGUGGUUUUCCCCAUGUGUAACGUGUAUACGAGCCAGUUUCCCUUAGAAAGUCCUCCACGAAAGGCAUCCCUCCUCUUAGGCAGAUAGCCCUAGUGUGCUUUGCCAUAAUUAAAUACACACACACACACACACACACACACGUACGUAAGGGUGCUGGUUCGCGCGGUUUUGUAACAGGCUUAGAAGUGUGUGAGAGUAGACUAUUUUGUCCCCGAAAUAUCGUAGUUUUAAACUCAUGUUUGCGGUGGUAAAUAGCGUGAAUUUUUAUGUUUGAAACUCUAUUUAAUGUUCUUUGUCCUUAGGCAAAAUGAAGUAAAUAAUUCUGGAUAAAUUUAACCAAAAGUUAAUAAAACCUAGUGCUAGACUAAAACUAGCUAAGUUCCUUUUUAUUUAGCUUGUGUGUAAGUUCAUACAAUAUGCGAAGCUCAUAUGAUUCAGGCUAAUUUUUAUUUUUUGUGCUAAUGAGAAAUAAAGUGAAUACUACUUCCCCCCUCCCCGAAAAGAACGUAUUUAGUUUAGCCUAGAUUUUUGAAUAAAACUCUAUCCAUUUCGAUGGCGAUCAGACACAGGUCCCACUUCUUCAGGAGCGGGAAAAAACUGAAUUUUUUUAAUAAAAAAAUUAAGCAGUUGCAAUUAAAUUUUUUAAAUUGCAAAAAAUUCAUUUAAAAUUAAAUUUUUUAAUAAACAAAUUUAGCUUUUUUUCCCUUCGUCCAUCGUUCUCGUUUUUUUGCUCUCGAAAUGGAUAAAAUUUUGUUCAAAAUAUGUCCCAAACUUAAGGUUUUUAUUUUUGUUUUAAUUUAAAAUUUACAUUAUUGAGUUGCUCUUCCAAUUUGAAAGUCAGUACAUUUAAGUAGUUAAUAAAAUUAUAAGUAAAUUGUGCCAGUACGGAUUGCAGUUAGUAAGUGCAUAUUUCAGCUUAUUUGUAGCUUCUAAUAAAUUAAUAACUAAAUAUUGUAUUUAAAAACCAUUGUAAUUAUAUUCUUUCCAAAUUAAAGGGGAUUAAUCAAUAUGUAAUUUUUUGGGGGGGAGACAUAAACACUAACGUAAAGAAUGUUUGUAGGCCUUUUAAUAGAAACAUACGUUAAUUAUGUUCUUACCAUUCUUCUGUUCGCUUUUCUUGCUAUUUUAAAUUUAAUUAUCGACAAGGCAAGUGAAUAGUAAGUUAUGUUAGUUAUUAUAAUUAAUAUAAGUUUCAGUUAAAACGUUAAAUUUUCUUGUCUUUAGUGUUUACGAAUUUGAGAACUUGCUUUUUUUUCGAUUAAUGAUUGAGAUUACAGAAAUGAAUAGCAAAGUAAUUAACUUCUUUUUUUAAAAAAAAUAAUAGUGAUAUUUUCUUUAUAUUUUAACCCAACGACCUUAGCUGGUUUCCACCAAACUGCUUCUAAUAUUUAAGUCUAAAUUUAAUGAUUUCUCUAAUCGCAGUUUCCACUAGAAUUCAUUUUAAAUGAAGUAUAAAUGUUUAUAAUAAAUAUUUUUUUUUUUUUUUUUUUUUUUUUUUUUUUUUUUUUUUUGAAAAGACAGUUAUGAAGUAUUGAGAAGUACGUGAAAGACAUGUAAACAAGUUCUAACAUUUCUUUAAAUUAGUAUUUUAUUUUUUCUCUGGUUAUGUUUGUACCCCAAUUAGAAUCUAGUGAUUAUUUUUCUUAAGUUAGUUGCAUAAAUGGACAGUUUCUUGCUUGUAUAGUCAGUUUCUAACUACCAAACUAAUAUUGAAGAUGACAUCCAAGGCUGUUUUGGUUACAGUUAGAACUGCGCAGGAAGGAGUGUAAUAACCCAUAUUAUAAUCGUAAAAGUAUCAUUGACACUUUAUCUGUAUUUCCAAAUUCUUGAAUUUGGAGUUUCGUUGGUUACCUAAAUUACAUCCACAUUAAAAACAAAAGCAUAUUGUAAAUAACGGAAGUAUGUACGUAUUAAAUAAAACUAACUUAUAAAUGGCAUUUAAGAACGACAAACACUGUACUUUAAUUCCGUUUAAUUAUCACGAGAACUUAAACGUCAUUCAUCUCAUUGUGUAAAAAUGUCGCUUAGAAUUUUUUUAUUAGCAUGCGCGCAAUUUAACAAGUAAAAAGGGUUAAAGAACGAUAUAAAUGCUAUUUCGUAAUGCCAUUAAAUUAUCAAGAGAAUGUGAAUAUCAUUGAUCUCAGUCAUGUAAAAAUAUCACCUAAUUUUUUUAUUGUACAACAUUUAUAUGUUGCCGAUUAUGUACAGUUAUGCGCUGUUACAUAUAAAAACAAUUCCCAGAUAUUAUGACAUGCUCUAAUUACGCUGCUAUUAUCAUAUCAUAGACAGUUAUAUUUUACGCUGACGGUAUGGGAUCGUAAUUUUCCAUCUUUCCGCUAUAAGCAAACCUAAUUUAGGACAGGUCGUAGUUAAUUGGGAGUUGUGAAUGUAUUCUAAAAUUAAUAAUUAAAACUUCAGAACAAAAAAAAUUAUUAACAUAUCAACGUUCACCACCAUCAUGGUAAUUUUUCGUUUAAAUAUACUAGUUAUUUCAGAAGUAAAAAUAUUUUAAUUUUUUUUUUAUUUUUCAAAAUAUCUAAAAAAUUAUCAGACUUUUCUUAAUAAUAUAAUAAAACUAGCAAUACUAUUUUGUUGCAAUAUUAUAUGUUUUUAUAUUUUGUUUCUUAAAGUAUCAGAUAAAUAUUAUAAAAUUUAUAGAUCUAUGUAAUUAUAGAAUUCAUAUUGCCAUCUUAUGUAAAAGGCACAGAAAAACAUGCAGAUGUAUAAUAAAUCAUAUGCUUUAAUAGUGGUAUCUUAAGUUUAAAUAUAUACACACGUAAGUUAUUAUUUGUAGUUAUAAUUAUUGUGUAUGUAAUCAUAUUUGUGAUUGUAUAUAAAUUAUUAAUCAUAAUGUGUACUCAUGUAAAUUAUUAUUUGUAACUUUUAGUGCAUCAAACGAAAAACGCCGAGAUUAUAUUUUGUAGCAUAGAGAUAAUUCGAUACGAUCUGCUCAUAAUUUUGUUAAAUAAUAGUUUUUUUACAAGUUUUUGUUAGUAUAACUAUUAGCAGAUAGUAACGAUUGUUUUAUUUUUAUAAAAUUCUUGGCUUCUUUGGACUUGUUUAGGAUUUAAGUAAUGAUGUAAUUUGAAUAGUACAUGCGACAAAAUAUUUAAGUAAAUACUGGAAAACAUGCGUAUAAAAAUCAUUUCGAAAGUUGCUGUUAUUUUUCACAGUCGCAAUUCCUCAAAUUCUCUGAAGAGAAUUAAAUAAACAAUAAUCGUCUGCGCUUCUGAAAUUCCCUGUUUCUAAAGAAUGUGCUCAAUGAAAUCUUUGAGUAACUGAUGUUUUGAUUAAAAAAAUUCUAUAAAUAUAUAGAAAUGGUCCUUUUAUAUAUAUAUGUGUGUGUGUUCCAUUAUUAUUAUUAGAUUGUUUUAUCUUAUGUGCCUCAGAAAAAUAAAAAACGGAAAAAUUCAUUAUAUCGAAACCACCAUUUCGUACACUAACUGUGGAACGAAAUAAUACAAAAUUGUACAAUUUUCUCUAACAUUUUUCAUAAAUUUAAGCUCACAAAUAAUCGUAAUUUAUGAAUAAGUACUUGGUGAAUAAUAUCUAUAACAGAAAUAGAAUAUCAAUGAAAAGUCAAAGUAGAAGUAUUUAUUUAAAUUGAAACGAUAUCCAAUAAACAUUAUCAUUGAAAAGUCAAAGUAGUAGUGUUUAUAUAAAAUCAGUGUUGGUUGCAUGGGUAAAAUGCUACAUGUUUUGAGCAUUAAUUAUUAUUUUGUAAGUGAAUGCGUAUGUGUAUUAUUUAAUGACAGUUGUGUUGUAAUUAAACUAUGGUGAAUUCUUGAUAUGUAAAUAUAAACCAGAAUCUAUUUAUAUUGUUAUUGUUGAAAAUUUUCGCUGCAUAUUAUAUCAAAUGACAGUAUUUACAGAAGACAUAAGUCAUUUUAUUAAUGGAUAAGUUCCUUAGAUAUAGUUUUUUUUUCCUUUUUGUACAGCCAUUUUUUAAAGACUGCUUUCAUUUUGUACAUUUUUCAUCAGCUGUGAUCGUGCAGUCGUAUUUUGGAUUGCUUUUUAUUUGUUGUUUAGUUUUCAUUGACUUUUGAAGUGUGCAGCGUAUUGUAAUUUGAUUUUACUUUAUGUAAGUAUGUACGUAUGACAUUUUUUUCCGUUCCAAAUAAAGACAUCUUUAUUUUAAAUAA